AUUGGGUGCAGGAUUGUGCAUUGGAAAUCACCAAGCUGGAGCUGUGUGUUUGAUAGCAGCCAGCCGCGACUGAGAGACAGACGAUGCUGCAGAACACUGCCUUUUUCCUGCAGUGUUUGUGUGCGGGAUUAGCCGCUACUUAGCUGUGCGUGUGUGUGUGUGCAGACGCAGGGCGCACCGAGCCGCCAGCCAGCCGCGUCAGGUGGAUGCGCCUGCAGUGAUCCAGGUCGCCCCUAUGGAUCGCGUCCAUGGAUGUCUUCAAACCCGCUUUGGACAAUAGUUUGAGUCCUAAGGCGUGCGUUUCCUCGUCGGAAGAAGCAGAGGCAGAUGUUUUUCGCUGGCCCACACCGGAGAAUGGCAUCAGCGCCGCGCCGGAUGCGGCACCCGCAGCACCGGGCUUCUGGACCGCCGUGUUCGACUAUGAAGCGACUGCGGAGGACGAGCUCAGCCUGCGGAGGGGGGACGUGGUGGAGGUCCUGUCCAAAGACUCCCUGGUGUCGGGGGAUGAGGGCUGGUGGACCGGCAUGAUCGCAGACCGGGUUGGCAUUUUCCCAUCCAAUUAUGUGAGCAGCGGGGCUGGCAUUCCGGAGGAAAUCCGGGACACCUCAGAGCAGCAGUUCCCGGUGCCUCCUCUGCACCUCCUGGAGAUUGAUUUCUCAGAGCUGACCCUGGAGGAAAUCAUCGGGGUGGGCGGUUUUGGAAAGGUCUACCGCGCAGUGUGGCGGGGCUCAGAGGUGGCAGUGAAGGCAGCGCGACGGGACCCUGACGAGGAUCCAGAGCAGACCUUGGAGAGUGUGCGUCAGGAGGCCAAACUGUUCGCCAUGCUCAACCAUCCCAACAUCAUGGGUCUGCUGGGGGUGUGUCUGCAGGAGCCCAACCUGUGUCUGGUCAUGGAGUACGCCCGGGGUGGGCCCCUCAACAGGGCCCUCGCUGGGAAACGCAUCCCUCCGUGCACGCUGGUGGACUGGGCCGUGCAGAUCGCCCGGGGAAUACUCUACCUCCACAGUCAGGCCAUCGUCCCCAUAAUUCACAGAGACCUCAAGUCCAGCAACAUCCUGAUCCUCGAGAGAGUCGAGAUGGAAGACCUCAGCAACAAGACUCUGAAGAUCACAGACUUUGGGCUGGCCCGAGAGUGGCACCGCACCACCAAGAUGAGCGCCGCCGGCACCUACGCCUGGAUGGCCCCCGAAGUCAUCCGCUCGUCUACGUUCUCCAAGGGUAGCGACGUUUGGAGUUAUGGCGUGCUGUUGUGGGAGCUGCUGACAGGAGAAGUUCCAUUUCGGGGAAUCGAUGGCCUCGCUGUAGCUUAUGGAGUGGCAAUGAACAAGCUGGCUUUGCCCAUUCCUUUGACCUGUCCUGAGCCUUUUGCACGUCUCAUGGAAGAAUGCUGGAGCCCAGACCCUCACGCCCGGCCGCAGUUCACAAGUAUUCUGGACCAGCUGACGGCCAUCGAGGAGUCAGGCUUUUUUGAGAUGCCAGCAGAGUCCUUCCACUCUCUGCAGGAUGACUGGAAACUGGAGAUCCAGGAAAUGUUUGAUCAACUGAGGACCAAGGAGAAGGAGCUGCGAUCGUGGGAGGAGGAGUUGACCCAAGCCGCACUGCAGCAGAAAUGCCAAGAGGAGGCGUUGAGGAGGCGCGAGCAGGAACUAGCCGAGCGGGAGAUCCACAUCCUGGAGCGGGAGCUCAACAUCAUCAUUCACCAGCUCUACCAGGAAAAGCCUCACGUGGAGAGCAGGCAGGGCAAGUUCCGCCGCAACCGCCUUAAACUGAAGGACGGGAACAGGAUCAGCUUGCCUUCAGAUUUUCAGCACAAAAUCACAGUGCAGGCUUCUCCCUCACAUGAUCGGCGGAGGAGUUUGCUCAGUAGCAGCUCCAGUCCUCCGAGCAGUCCGCCGAUGCUGCCCCGCCUGAGAGCCAUCCAACUCACCCCGCGGGAGGGAUGUACAGCCUGGGGUCGCAGCACAUGUUUUCUGCAAGAUGAAGAGGAGAGUGAGAGGAAAGGGUCCAGGAAAAAGGGCAGAUCCCAAGGGUGUGGCCCAUACAGGGAGCACAGUGCUGACGCAAGUGUAAAGCCUCCCCAUGAAGGCAGCAGGCAGCGGUCCUGCAGCGCCCCGAACCUUCGCAGAUCCCCGAGACACAGUCCAGCAGUGCCUGGAGUGCCAAGCCUUGUGGAGAUGGAAAAUGAAGACUGCUGCUUCACUACUGAGCCAGGAGCAGCUCCUGGUCAGUCCUACCUCUGCAUCCCCUUCCAUAAGGAGGGUAAUGCUGCUGCUGCUGCUGACGGUGAUGGAGAUGAGUACUGCCCCACCGGCCAGGUUCCAGGAACACCGCCAUGCAAGAAGAGCCCCGGUGGGGGACGGCGGUCUGAGCUGGUCCUGCUGGGCUGUGGAGCUCUGCUGGCAGCCGUCGGACUGGGCUGCAACCUGCUCACUCUGGCUCAACCAGAGGAGAGCAUCAAACCACGGUGGGAGGGUUUCUUCCACAGGACAGGGGGCCAGAGGCGGAGCACCAGCCCCCCGACUCGCAGACUGUUCCGGCGGGAAAGCCCGCUGAAGCCCUCAGCGCCCCCGCUGCCUGAGCGCGACUUGCCCUCCUCUUACACGCUGCUGUCCUUAUCAUCAGUGUCUGACUGCAACUCCACCCGCUCGCUGCUGCGCUCUGACAGCGAGGAGUUGUUGGUCUGCCGCCCUGCCACACCGCUCAAACAGCAUCCUCUUCCUCCUCUCUCACAGCCUCAGGCCAUCCAAACACCGGUCAACCCGCUGGUCAACACCCACCUCGAAAGCUUCAAGCGCAACCCCCGACAGUCUCUCACACCCACACAUGUACCAUCUGCUCCAAGUUCCUCACGUAGCCUGCGUCGAAUACCAUCAGAUGGGGCCAUCAAGAAGAGCUGCCUCCCUAAUAAUCUGGAAACAUUGCCAGAAAAAACUGCAUUAGAGAACACAGGUGGGUUUAGAGGUGUAAAAGAAGACUGUCCUGAGGUUCCCCGGCUUCCCGAUCCAAAUCUUGUGUUCCCUCCAACUCCCCGUCGUCGCUGUGCUCCUGAACGCCCAAAAACUCUCGACUUUGUGGCUCGGCCUCGGCCUUCACCAAGGGCACGCUGUGAUGUGUUCUGGGCGGACGCAAGGCCCAGGGGAAAUGGACAAAACCUUGGUAAUGGUGAUUCCCCUGCUCACACUUCCAGCACAGAGACUCCUCCAACUGUAGAGUUUGGUUGGGACCCCACAGUGCUGCCCACUCCCAUGGAGGCCCCGACGCCCUACUCCCCCCGCAGGAAGGGAAACCUGUUGGAUCAGCUGGAUGAGGGACAGUGCCGGGAUGGAACCAUCCCACUCUGCAGACCAGAAAUCAGCUUUCCCAAAGACUCACCUUUCCGCUACAGACCUGGAUUCUGGUCCUAACUCAGCCCCGGCCCUUCACCGGCCCAACACAAGGAGGGGACCCUGCUGUUAGCCUUUGGAUUCUUACAGGUCUGGGUCAGUACUGACAGAAUUAAUCUGUUCUAGCUUUAAUCAGUACUUAAUGGGGACGGCUCACCUUUCCCCAUAUUGUUACAAAAUUACAGGAAAACAUUUGCUGUGAAUAUUUUACCUUUCUGACAUUUGUUGUAUUGCCAUUUGUGAUAACAAUCCCCAAAUUUGUCAUCUAAAACUGCAAACACGAAACAGAACAGAAUAACCCUUCUCGCUAUACAAAAACCCUGUCAUUUGUCAUUUUAAGGUUCUGUAUGUAACUUUUUUUUUUUUUUUUUAUCAGUAUUAGUUUAUUAUUGCCAAUGGAUGAACAGGUUGGAACAUAACUUAUAAAACGAGACUUACCCUGACUUUAUCGGUUGCCUAUAACAGCCUGUGGACUAACUUUUAUGUAAAGGACUUGGGCCAAUUUUUUUCCGAAAAUCCAAAGAAUGUGACAUUAAGUGUGCUCCCGAGUGCCUUUCCUUUUAUUUAGCUCUGUUACAGGGCUAAUAAUGUGCAACAGUAGCUAACGUUAAUUGAGAAAUGAAGUCCGCUAACAUCAACAAACAACUGGCACCCACCAAAACAGCGUCCACAUAUGUUUCCGUUACAUUUUACGGUGGCAGCCUGGCAGAGACAGACCUUCACUUAGCCCCCUGUAGCAACCCCAAUUCAGCCAGUGCAAGACCGAGUACCAAGGAUCUGAUCCCAGACUGCCUCAAGUCCACCAAGCUCACUGUUAACCCAGGUCCAUGUCAUUGGUUCGACAGCCCAUUGGUUCGACAGCCCAUUAGUCCGACUGUCCACGGUGCUGAA